GACAGUUACGAGAUAUCGCGUGAAGUUUGCGUCCCUUCACUCUUCUGCGUUUUAGAGACUAGGGUGACUGUGUAUCUGGCUACGGCCACCUCAGUAGAGCCCUUCGAGGGAACCCCUAAAUGAAGGGGCUUGGCUGCGUUCAGGUCAGGAGAGAGAGUCUCUGACCGCUUCCGAGAGCUCGACUCCCCGGCACCCAGUGCGCAUGCGGAGCCAGUCCUCCUGGGCGGUCCAGAAGCCGAGGCCCAGCCGCUGGCUUCGCGGUUGAUGGAGAGGCCGGUGUCCACCCCGGGCCAGGUCCUUCCGGAGGGAGCCUGACUGAAUAACGUCCCCUCCCUGGCUGCAAAGCUCAGUCUCCGCCCCCUACAAACUGGACUGCAGCGCGGUUUCUGUAAGCCGCUGGGGGCAGGCCGGGGCGGGGCCUGGCAGACCCCCGGUACGGAGGUCGGGCCUCCAGGAAUGUUCUCCUCCCCGCCCCCAGCCCGAAGUGCCUCGGUGGCGCCGGUGGCGGCUGCGAGACCGAAUGCCUCUGGCCCUGCCGGCCUAGCAACCAUAACCUGUAAUUCUGACCCGGAGCGCUGCCCACUGGGGAGGCGCCCCGCCCACCUCUCCCAGCGGCCGCCGGUCGGCUGGGACCUCUAUAAUCACCCGGCUCCUCCUCGGGUUGGAGCACCUGCCGGAUGUGGGGAGGGAGGAGGAGGCCAGAUGUGAGGAGGCAGAAGUAAACGCCGAGUCUCUGGUCCGCGACUUGGUGGGGAAGUGGGGUGGACAAGCCUGCAAUCGCUCCUGGGCUGCGGGGAGACGAUGUUGGUUGGCUUUGCCCUGCAGGAGCGCCCGACUUGGCACAAUAAUUCCUACCUCCUUGUCAUUUUUGCAGCUGCUCUAGCGGAUUGGACUGUAAAGUCAGAUGGGACAGGGCCUAGCCUUUCAACCAACUCUAACUUCCCAGCUACCCCACACCCUCCCAUCCCCUACUCCGAACCCGCACUCCACCCCAUCUCUAGUCCUUUCCCAGCUUGGGUGUCCGGUUACUACUGUGAGUUUGGACCAGGCUAGGGGGAAGUGGCCCAGGAGGGUCCCGUACGGCUGCAUAAAAUUGGCAGCUUCAGAACUAGGGGAGGGGGUGGGGUAUGCAACGUCGAGGGGCGGGGAGAGGGGGCGGAGGAGCUGCUCUCUGAGUGCAAGUCCGUGGACUCUGUCAGAGAUUCUCAAGUCGGAGCAGAGGUGGCUGGCGGGCCCACCCGAUUCCUUUCCACUGCCUGCUUUUUCGGACAGGAGUCACGGCUGCUCUGAGGGGCAUAGUCCCGGACACCAGGGUGCCACGCACGCGCUGAAGCCCCUAGUGCUCUCGAGGCUUCCAGCUAAUCAUGCCCCAGCCGCCCGCAGCUGCCUUGCCGCUGCCCGUGCUGCUGCUGCUGCUGCUACUCCUGGUGGUGCGGACGCCGUCCCCGGCUGGCGCGCGGCCAUCCCUAGGCCCCGAUUACCUGCGGCGCGGCUGGCUACGGCUGCUGGCGGAGGGCGAGGGCUGCGCUCCCUGCCGGCCAGAAGAGUGCGCCUCGCCGCGGGGCUGCCUGGCCGGCCGGGUGCGCGACGCGUGCGGCUGCUGCUGGGAAUGCGCCAAUCUCGAGGGCCAGCUCUGCGACCUGGACCCCAGUGCCCACUUCUACGGGCGUUGCGGCGAGCAGCUUGAGUGCCAGUUGGACGCUGGUGGCGACCUGAGCCGCGGAGAGGUGCCCGAGCCGCUGUGUGCCUGCCGCUCGCAGCGCCCUCUCUGCGGUUCCGACGGCCGCACCUACGCUCAGAUCUGCCGCCUGCAGGAGGCGGCCCGCGCUCGGCCGGACGCCAACCUCACCGUGGCGCACCCCGGGCCCUGCGAAUCGGAGCCCCAGAUUGUGUCGCAUCCAUAUGACAUUUGGAACGUGACGGGGCAGGAUGUGAUCUUUGGCUGUGAAGUGUUUGCCUACCCCAUGGCUUCCAUCGAGUGGAGAAAGGACGGCUUGGACAUUCAGCUGCCAGGGGAUGACCCCCACAUCUCUGUGCAGUUUAGGGGUGGACCCCAGAGGUUUGAGGUGACGGGCUGGCUGCAGAUCCAGGCUGUGCGUCCUAGCGAUGAGGGCAUCUACCGCUGCCUGGCCCGCAAUGCCCUCGGCCAGGUUGAGGCCCCAGCUAGCCUGACAGUGCUCACACUGGACCAGCUGAACUCCACAGGCAUCCCCCAGCUGUCAUUCCUGCACCUGUUUCCUGAGAAGGAGGCUGAGAGUGAAGAGGCCGAGGAUUACUACUAGGUCCAGAGCCGUGGCCCAUGGGGGUGGGUGAGUGGGGAUAGUUUUCAACCCUGCUCUUGAAAAGAUCUAGAAAGGGGGAGCAGGGCCCCUUCACAGAUUGCUUUAAUGCCCUUAGUAGGGGAGAUGUGAUGGUGGUGGGAGAGACAAAAGUUGGAGGGUAAGGAGAGAGGCAGCGACUAGGGGAGGUGGGAUGCAGAGGGGCCCAUGCAGGAGGUGCUCUGGCCAGGACAGUCUCUUGUGUGGACCAACCAGGCAUUAGGCAAUAGCUGCCUGCUGGUCUCUAGGCUGAGUGGGGGGGGGGGUAGGGGUGGGGAGGAGUGGAGCUGACACAAAGGGGUGCAGACAACAGGAUCCUUUACUUCUUUCCAGCAGCCCUCCCUCCAGCUCUGCUCAGCCAGUCUUCUGAGUGCCCUUCUGCACAGCUCCUGCUGUUAUUUUCCUAGUCCCCAGUCUUUGCCUAACCUCAGUCUACCCUUUCUUGAAACUCACCUUCUAGAAAAUUUCCCUCUCUCUAAGUCCCAAUUGCACAUACUAACUGCAAUCCUCUUUGCUGUUUGCCAUCUGCUGUCCAGGAAGGCACGAUGGAGCGUGGUUUAGCUCAGUGCAGUAAGAUGGGCAUUUGGGCAUGUCUGAUUUUCCUGUCGUUCUGGGAACUCCAUGAGGGCAGUACCAUAUAUUAUACCACUUUGUACUGGACGAUGCCUAGCACAAGACUAGGCACAGUAGGCACGCAAUAAAGAUUUAUGAACAAACUGA